CUGGAACCUUAAGGGCCCUUUGGGGGACCCCGUCUGAUAACCUCUUGGUGGAUCCCCUUCGUGCUUGGACAGACUGACCAGAAGAAGCCUGCAGAUGAAGACACGGGCGGUGAAACACGAGCAGACAGCGGUAUAGACUCGCUGCGCGGUGUCCAUCGCAAAAGCAGCUGCGCCUCUCCUGCCUUUCCCGACCGCUGGGCGAAGCCUCCCAUACUGAUGAGCGCAGGACGCCACGCGCCUCUUGACGUAGCCACGGACCGGGGCCGCGGUGCCACACUCGCCCGCGCGCGCGCGACGUGACUGACGCUCGACUGGCUUCGCAGGGCGGCCACAUCCGGCUCCCACCGUGAAUGCACUAGAAAAGUGUAGUCUCCUAACGCCGAGGACUGGACACCAGUCCCCCCCCCCCCAUCCGUUUGUCACCGCCACGCCGGGAGAGACGGAGCGGAGCGCGCGCGGCGUCGGGGUGCAGCCGUGAUGUGACUGUGUGUGUGUGUGUGUGAGCGCGACGACCACCGGACGAGGUGAAAAUCUGUGCGUUUUUUUGUUGUUGUUGUUUUUGUUGUUGUUGAGGGGCGCGAGGCGGUUUUGGACAGCAUGCAGUCAGCGGAGCAGCAGCUGCAUCCGCGGAGCGAGCCGUGACCACAGCCGGAUUCGGCAAAGGCGCGGCAUGCCCGCGGGCAUCGAGCCUCCGUCCGCCGGCAGCCGACAGCACCAGUGCGCCCCCUCGGCCCGCUGCCUCGCGGGUCUCCGCUGAAGUCCAACGGGGUCGGACGCGUCGAGGAGACGUCGCUGUCUGUUCCAGAGGCCGGGGCGCUUAUUAGCCCCCCCCCCCUCUCCCCCCACUCUCUCUCUCUCCCGCAUCUUCCACGUCCUGACUGACUGCAUGGACGCGGACAUCUAAACGACAGUCCGCGCGUCCCGCGGACCGCGCAUACCUUCGCAGCCGCCUCUUGACACCGAAUCGAUCGACGCGCGCCGCCCCGGAAAGGACCUUCUUGCCACCGAGAGGAGGGAUAUGCAGCAAGAGACUAACGUGACAGGAUGGAUCUAAUCGUCUGUGUUUUGGGGCUGCUGGCGCUGAUCGUGGAGGGCGUCCGCUGCCAGGGAGUGUACGCGCCGCCGUCCGUCCGCAUCGUGCACUCGGGGCACGCCUGCAAUGUCGAGGAGGAGCGGCACGCGGAGAGAGUCUACACCAUCCGGGAGGGGGAGACGCUGGAGCUCACCUGUCUGGUGACGGGGCACCCUCGACCGCAGAUCCGGUGGACCAAGACAGCGGGCAGCGUGUCGGACCGCUUCCAGGACUCCAGCGUGUUCAACGAGACGCUGCACAUCGCAAAGAUCCUGAGGACCCAGGGGGGCCGCUACUACUGCAAGGCCGAGAACGGCCUGGGAUCCCCGGCCAUCAAGUCCAUCCGGGUGGACGUCUACUACCUCGAGGACCCGGUGGUGACGGUGCACCAGAGCAUCGGAGAAGCCAAGGAGCAGUUCUACUACGAGAGGACGGUGUUCCUGCGCUGCGUGGCCAACUCCAACCCGCCCGUCCGCUACAGCUGGCACCGCGGGAGGGAGGUCCUGACGCAGGGCUCGGACAAGGGGGUGGAGAUCUACGAGCCCUUUUUCACUCAGCAGGGGGAAACGAAGAUUCUGAAGCUGAAGAACCUGCGUCCUCAGGACUACGCCAACUACAGCUGCGUGGCCUCCGUCCGAAAUGUGUGCGGCAUCCCCGACCGCAGCGUGAUCUUCAGACUCACCAAUAAGACAGCCUCGCCGUCCAUCAAGCUGCUGGUGGAGGAUCCCAUCGUGGUCAACCCUGGCCAGACGGUGUCCCUGGUGUGCAUCACCACGGGGGGCGAGCCGCCCCCCCUCCUCACCUGGAUCAGCAGCAAUGACAGCCUGCCGCAGAGGAGCGUGGUGAAGGGGGGCACGCUCACCCUGCCGGCCAUCACCUCGGACGAGGCGGGGGUCUACAGCUGCGUGGCCAGCAACAACGUGGGCAACCCGGCCAAGAAGUCCACCACCAUCGUGGUGCGAGCUCUGAAAAAGGGACGGUUCUGGAUCACCCCUGACCCCUACCACAACGACGACAACAUCCAGAUCGGACGCGAGGUCAAGAUAUCCUGUCAGGUGGAGGCGACUCCGCCGGAGGAGCUGACGUUCGGCUGGCUGAAAAAUGGCCGCGCGCUGCGGAGCUCGGAGCGAAUGGUCAUCACGCAGACGGACCCCGACAUCUCGCCCGGCACCACCAACCUGGACAUCAUAGACCUCAAGUUCACCGACUUCGGCACGUACACCUGCGUGGCGGCGCUGAAGGGGGGGGGCAUUCCCGAGAUCAGCAUCGACGUCAACAUCUCGUCCACGACUGUCCCUCCUCUGUUGUUCUCUUUCUUAGUUUCCCCCCACCUGACAGUGCCCGGGGGAAAGUCGCCCCUUGUGGGCCGCGAGGGCGACACAGUGGAGCUGGAGUGGCCUGUUUCCAGGGAGCCCCAAGCCAUCAUCCUGUGGUCCCCGGGCGACCAAGAGGCGCCCAUGCCGGACGCGCGCAUGCAGAUUAGAAGCUACCACGGCGUUCUCGUAUCCGUUAUGGUGUCCCCGGAGAUGACGGCGUCGUACCGCUGCCAGACCAACCAGUACAACGGCUUCACGUGAAGCCCCGGGAGGCCCGUGGUGGAGCUGAUCGUGCAAUACCCUCCGACGGUGGAGCCGGUCAACACGGAGAUGCGGCAGGGCCUGGGGAGGCCCGUGGUGAUGACCUGCCGCGUGCUGCGAGCGCACCCCUCCCGCGUGCUGCGCUUCGAGUGGCUCCUGUCCAACCGGCUGCUCCACGCCGGCGCCUUCGACGCCCAGAGGGACGAGACGGAGUACACCAUCCGCAGCCUGAACCGGGACGGCUGGGGCGAGUACACCUGCAACGUCAUCAACGAGGCCGGAGCGGGCAAGUGCACCUUCCAGGUCACAGGGAAGGGCUACGCUUCGGAGUUCUACUACGACACCCUAGCCCCGCUGUGGCAGAACCGGCCCAGAUCUACCGGCUUCCAGCUGCAGUGGACCCAGAUGGACCCAAACAUGGUGGACCGCAUCGUCGCCUACAGGCUGGGCAUCAGACAGAUGGGGCUGCAGCGCUGGUGGGAGCAGGAGAUCCCCGUGGACGGAGCCAUCAACAAGGGAGAGCUCAUGACGCACAACCUGACGGAGCUGAUGAAGCCGGAGUCCUACGAGGUGCGCCUCACGCCCAUCACGCGUUUCGGAGAGGGCGACUCCACCAUCCGGAUCAUCACGUACAGCGCGCCCGUCAACCCUCACCUGAGAGAGUUCCACUGCAGCUUCGAGGAGGAGACCAUCUGCAUGUUCACCCAGGACAAGAACGACGACUUUGACUGGACGCGGCACAGCGCCUCCACCCGCGACACCAAGUACACGCCCAACACCGGGCCCAGCGGCGACCGCACCGACUCCAAGCAGGGGUUCUACAUGUACAUCGAGACAUCGAGGCCCCGAAAGGACGGCGACCAAGCGCGACUCAUAAGUCCGUUUUUCAACGUCGCCCCGAAGAACCCUUACGGCAUCAACAACCCGCCCGCCUACUGCUUCGGAUUCUUCUACCACAUGUAUGGAAAACACAUCGGAACCCUAAACGCCCACCUGAAGCAGAAGGGCCAGACGGCCUCCGAGGCGCCGGUGUGGUCGCUGAACGGAAACCAGAACGACCGCUGGAAGCAGGCGAAAGUUAGCAUCCGCCCGACGGCGUCCUUCCAGGUGGUCCUCGAAGGUAUCCGAGGACCAGGCAUCGAGGGGGACAUCGCCAUCGACGACGUCACGCUGGAGGAAGGGGAGUGUCGAGACCCGCCGCCCAAUCUGAGCGCUAAGGCCCCGUCCACGUCCUCCCAUAUAUGGCUGCUGUGCGUCACCUUGGUGAUGACCCUCCUGCAAGGUCAGAGGUGACCCUCCUCUCCGUCAUCUCAGAGGCGAAUGUUCAGACCCGCCCCCCCCAGUCUGAGAACUGUACCCUCGGCAUCCAAUCACCAAAGAUCCAUGCAUCCUGGAAGCAGCAAGCGUCCCCUGCUAGACCUCGGAGGGACCGGAAAUUAACCAGAGAGAGAAAAAAAUGAAGAUUUUAAAAAAAGAUGCGCAAUUUUUUUUUUUUAAGAGAGACCUCUUUGACAGAAACGCCUCCUUGGUGCAGGACGGUGGACAUCUUUACGAGCACAAAGACAGGUGGGAGAUGAACAAGCCUGGACUUUGCCAAAAGAGUUCACAAGCGUCGGAGGAGGACUGUUUGUAAAGCACAAGAACAAUUUUAUGAAAUAUGAAAAUAAUCCACGGCAGCGGAACGCAGACACUGCUGACGCUUGAAGAGGAAAU